UGUUCAUCCUCGACGAGCCUCUUGACCCAGAUAGGACACAUGCAGGCCAAAAAACGCUACUUCACCCUCCUCUCGGCUGGCACUUUCGUCGUCCUUCUCUUCUACUUCGGCGGCUUGCAGUUCAGAGCAUCCAGAAGCCAAAGCAGGCGAGAGGCGCGCAGUAGCAGCAGCAGCAGCAGCGGCGGCGGCAAGAAUGGCUUGCAGCGCCCCGAACGCUACUGGCCCCGGUUCCCAGACGCCCUGCGCCCUUUCCUGCCUUGGGAUCAGCUGGAGAGCGAGGAUUACAACCGGCACGCUUCCCCUCGCCAGAAGCGCGACGCCAACGCCGGCGUCUACAAGGGCAAGAAGUGCCGCAUGGAGUCCUGCUUCGACUUCGCCCUUUGCAAAAAAAACGGCUUCAAGGUCUACGUCUACCCGCAACAGAAAGGGGAGAAGAUCGCCGAGAGUUACCAAAACAUCCUGGCCGCCAUCGAAGGCUCCCGCUUUUAUACUUCGGACCCCAGCCAAGCUUGCCUCUUCGUCCUCGGCUUGGACACCUUAGACCGAGACCAGCUUUCCCCUCAGUACGUGCACAACCUGCGCUCCAAAGUGCAGAGCCUCCAUUUGUGGAACAACGGGAGGAAUCAUUUAGUUUUUAACUUAUAUUCCGGCACCUGGCCUGACUACACCGAGGACGUGGGUUUCGACAUUGGCCAGGCCAUGUUGGCCAAAGCCAGCAUCAGUACGGAAAACUUCCGGCCGAAGUUUGACGUCUCCAUCCCUCUUUUUUCUAAGGAUCACCCAAGGACAGGAGGAGAGAGAGGCUUCUUGAGGUUUAACACCAUCCCCCCUCUGAGGAAAUAUAUGUUGGUGUUCAAGGGGAAAAGGUACCUAACUGGGAUAGGAUCAGACACCAGGAAUGCCUUAUAUCAUGUCCAUAAUGGGGAAGAUGUUGUCCUGUUGACUACCUGCAAGCAUGGCAAAGAUUGGCAGAAGCACAAGGAUUCUCGGUGUGACAGGGACAACGCCGAGUAUGAAAAGUAUGAUUAUCGUGAAAUGCUGCACAAUGCCACUUUCUGUCUGGUCCCCCGGGGCCGGAGGCUUGGGUCCUUCAGGUUCUUGGAGGCCCUGCAGGCUGCCUGUAUUCCUGUGAUGCUCAGCAAUGGAUGGGAACUUCCAUUCUCCGAGGUGAUUAAUUGGAAUCAAGCUGCCGUCAUAGGAGAUGAGAGAUUGUUAUUACAGAUCCCUUCUACAAUCAGGUCUAUCCAUCAGGAUAAAAUCCUAGCACUUAGACAGCAGACACAGUUCUUGUGGGAGGCUUAUUUUUCUUCAGUUGAGAAGAUUGUAUUGACCACACUAGAGAUUAUUCAAGACAGAAUAUUUAAGCACAUAUCCCGUAAUAGUUUAAUAUGGAACAAACACCCCGGAGGAUUGUUCGUACUGCCACAGUAUUCAUCAUAUCUGGGAGAUUUCCCUUACUAUUAUGCUAACCUAGGAGUCAAGGCCCCAUCCAAAUUCACCGCCGUCAUCCAUGCAGUUACUCCUCUGGUGUCCCAAUCUCAACCUGUGCUGAAACUCCUAGUUGCAGUAGCCAAAUCCCAGCACUGUGCUCAGAUCAUUGUCUUAUGGAAUUGUGAUAAGCCCCUUCCUGCCAAGCAUCGCUGGCCUGCCACUGCUGUGCCUGUCAUUGUUAUCGAAGGAGAAAGCAAGGUGAUGAGCAGUCGCUUCCUGCCCUAUGAGAACAUUGUCACAGAUGCUGUUCUAAGCCUCGACGAAGAUACGGUGCUUUCAACCACUGAGGUGGAUUUUGCCUUUACUGUCUGGCAGAGUUUCCCAGAGAGGAUUGUGGGUUAUCCUGCCCGCAGCCAUUUUUGGGAUAACACGAAGGAGAGGUGGGGCUACACAUCGAAAUGGACGAAUGACUAUUCCAUGGUAUUGAGUGGAGCUGCUAUUUACCACAAAUAUUAUCACUACCUGUACACUCAUUACCUGCCUGCUAGUCUGAAGAACGUGGUGGACCAACUAGCCAAUUGUGAAGACAUUUUAAUGAACUUUUUGGUGUCCGCUGUGACAAAAUUGCCUCCCAUCAAAGUAACACAGAAGAAACAGUACAAGGAAACCAUGAUGGGACAGACUUCCAGAGCUUCUCGGUGGGCUGAUCCAGAUCAUUUUGCUCAGAGGCAAAGCUGCAUGAACACUUUUGCCAGCUGGUUUGGCUAUAUGCCGCUGAUCCAUUCUCAGAUGAGGCUCGAUCCCGUGCUCUUUAAAGAUCAGGUCUCCAUCCUGAGGAAGAAAUAUCGCGACAUUGAACGACUUUGAGGAGCCCAGCUGAGGGGUGGGUGGGAGUGAGAACUGAAUAGUUCCCCUAGCCCAGCGCAGAGCCACACACACAUCCUCGAGUCAGACCGCACCAAGAGCAACUCAACCCAAAAAAAAUUGCAACAUGCCAAUGUAGUAGCCAAGUAGCUCUGGACCCAAAGGGAAGUUGGGAUUGCGCUGGACUGCUUUGAAACACCCCUCAACAGGCUGCAAGGUCCCUCAAGACUAGGUUGUGUACAGUUUCAUUAUGGAACAUUAAAUAAUUAUUUUUUGAAAUGAUUGCUAUGCAGGUUUAAACUUUUUUAAUGAUAAAAAAAUCCCUAUUAAAACAGAGUUCUUU